AUGGAUCUGGCAGACGCCGGCGAUGCCGAGGACCAGCGGCUGGUCGAGCUCGGCACCCUUGCGGCCAUCUAUCCCGAGAUGGUCGUCGACGAACACGAUGCCUUCACCGUGAUGCUCGAAGUUCCCGUAAAUCCCCAGACAGCCGUCAAAGUGUCGUUUCCUGCCACGGGCACCGGGACACUGGACGUUCACGAGCUAUCCUAUCUGCCGUCCCUGCAGGUUCGGGUGUCUCUGCCUCUGGGCUACCCAGAGCAGCAGCCGCCCCAGAUCAGGAUGACGACAGACCCGUCAUGGAUUCCGGCAGCUGUUCUGCGCAGCCUCGAGGACGACGGCAGCCGGCUGUGGGACGAUCUGGGCCGUGACCUAGUGGUGUUUGCCUUUGUCGACCACGUCCAGCAGGCGGCCGACGACGUGUUCGGGCUGGUGGACAGCAGCGGCUUCGUCUCCGUCGACCGACAGCACCAGAUCUUCGUCCUGGACUACGACAUCAAGGCGAAGCAGGCCGCCUUUGACAAAGAAACUUUUGCGUGUGGCAUAUGUCUAGACCCCAAGAAGGGCUCGGCUUGCCACCAGAUGAAGGACUGCGGUCACGUCUUCUGCGUGCAGUGUCUGCAAGACUUCUACGGCAGCGCGAUCCGAACGGGCGACUUGUCGGUGGUGCGCUGUCCUGAGCCGAAUUGCGCCAAGAAGCGCGAAGUACCCCGGCCAGCCAGCCAGAAGCGACGGCCCAAAGCAGUAACGGUCAGCCCGGGCGAGCUGCUGCAGAUUCCCAUUGCCGAAGAGCUGGUGCAGCGCUACGUCGACCUCAAGUACAAGACGCAGCUGGAGUCGGACAAGGACACGGUCUACUGUCCGCGGCCUUGGUGCAACGGCGCCGAGCGGUCGGACCGGCACCAAAGGCCGGUUGGCUUUGCCGAUGUGGAGGCGGAAGCUGAGGCGGGCGAGGACGAAGACGACAAGAAGGAGGACCGCUCGUCGGACCGCCGGCUGGCCAUCUGCGAGGACUGCCAUUUUGCCUUUUGCACGCGCUGCCGGCUGUCGUGGCACGGCGACUUUGUCUACUGCGCGCUGCGGCGACGCGACGGCGAGCUGGCCGAGCCGACCGAAGAAGAGCUGGCCACGCUGCGCUACAUUGCCCAAUACACGACGCCGUGUCCGACCUGUGCAGCCGCCGUGCAGAAGUCGAGGGGUUGCAAUCACAUGAUCUGUUCGCGCUGCGACACCGACUUCUGCUAUCUCUGCUCGGCCUGGCUCGAUGCUCACAAUCCCUACCAGCACUUUAACAGCAGCCCGACGGGGAAGCGGACGGCCUGCUACAACCGGCUUUUUGACGACAGGGACGACGAGGAGGCCGAGGACGAGAUGCCCGAGCUGCCGCCUCCAGACGCAGACCCCGACGGCUUCGAUCUGGUCGAUUUCGACGACUUUGGCGACUUUGGUCAGGCUGCCCCGGCAGCAGCCCCGGCAGCAGCACCGCCAGAGCAGACUGCCGCCAGGCUGGUCAGCGUUGCUCGUGAAGGGCCGCUCGUCCUGCGCAUUGCUCUGGAGGACGGCCCGGCUCAGCCGCGACCACCUGUGGCUCCUCUUGUUGUUCCUCCUCCUGCGCCGGCGGCACGCAAUGUCGACAGACGGGGUCAGGGUCAGGGUCAGGCUCGUGGCCGUGGUCGUGGUCGUGGUCGGGGAGGAGGACGCGGUCGAGGUGGGCAGAGACCGCCAGCAGCCGCAGCUGGAGGCAAUGCAGAGGCGCAAGUGCUGAACGGCGACAUGGAGGCCUGGGUCCGACACUUUGUGCAGCUGGCGUUGGAAGACAAUGAGCACUUGAUGGAUGUUUGA